UUUAAAUCUUCCUACAGUUGCGAACUGAUUUCUCGGAGUAUGACGAACAGCAACUCCCCCUCAUUUUAACUCUGACCUCAAGGAUUUGCAGGGAACAGUGUGAGAGAGAGAGAGAGAGAGAGAGAGAGAGAGAGAGAGAGAGAGGCAAAAGGAGGUGGGUUAAAGGACUUCUUGUUUCAAUUAGGCAGCUCUUCUAGUCGAGGGACAGUCUUGGUAAGCGUCAGUAAAGCAGAGUCAACUCAGAGCAACGCUGUCCUGAGCAUGCUAUUUUGCAUCUGUUCUCUUCUUUUUUGUUGUCUUCCUUUUAGCUUUAUUUGACAGAGGCAGCUUGAGGAGUGACAGGAAUGUGGGGAGAGAGAGGUAGUGGCUAAAGAGAAAAGAAGAAAGAAGAAAAACAAUCUACCGCCUGAACAGAGAAGCCAGAUGCACACACUGAAGUUAGAGCAGCACAACAAGCAAAGCACUGAAGAAAGGAAAAGGAGAAGUAAAAAAUAGGGAGUAAACCAAGCAAGGAGCAAGAUCCAAGAGUCAAGCUGCAGCCAGCCGGAGCCAGUGGAAUGGACCUAGGUGCCAGUUGGAUUAAUCCCCGCGUGCCCGCAGUGCUGUCUGAGGAGGAGGGCUGAGGAUCUGCUGCAACGACAACCAUCCUGAAUGAGGAUGAAUGGAGAUGUUCUUUAGCUAAGUCUCAAGACAACACUCUUGCCAAUUCCACCUCUGUGUGAGCUGGGACAACACUCGCUAACAGCUGGAGGAGGAGGAGGUGGUGGUGGUUGUGGUGGCGGAGGAGGUGGAGAGGAUUCAGGGGGCCCAGAGCACUGCUGGUGCUAGUGCCCCAGAGGAGAGGCAAGGGAGUGGGCAGGACACUGAGGAGGAACAGGGGUCAGGGGAGGAGGAGGAGGGCCACGAGGGAGGAGGACAGGUGGCGGGAGUCAGGCGUCGCAUGGCCGUGCAGAGGCUAGUGGCGGCGGCGGUGGCAGUGGCCCUGCUGUCCCUAGUCCUAAACAAUGUUGCAGCCUUCACCCCCAGCUGGGUCCUGCAGGCGCUGGAGGAUGGACGCAAGCGGAGUGUGGGACUAUGGAGGAUGUGCCCCACUGGUGGGGAAAGGGGCCGUGAUGACAGGGGGCAGGGGACACAGAGGCAGUGCAUAAGCCUGGGAUGGGGCACCGAGUUUGCAGGCUACCAAGAAUCCCGCAGCACUGUCAAAUUGCAGUUUGACAUGAUGCGAGCAUGUAAUCUGAUGGCGACGGUGGCCCUGACUGCUGGUCAGCUGAUCUUCCUUCUAGGCCUGAUGGAGCUGCCCUUCAUCACACAGGAAUCCCAGUGGUGGGAAGAGGCCAUUGCUGCACUCUUCCAGCUAGCCAGUUUUGUGCUAGUUAUUGGACUUGUGACUUUCUACAGGAUCGGGCCCUACACACACCUGUCCUACUCCUGCUACCUGGACAUAGCUGCUUGCCUGCUGGCCACGAUGGCUGCGGCCAUGCUCAUCUGGAACAUUUUACAUCGCCGUGAUGACUGCCUUGCACCUCGAGUUAUAAUCAUCAGUCGCUCACUGGCAUCACCUUUCCACCCACGUCUAGACAAUGACUAUGUGGAGUCGCCUUGUUGAGACUGUCUAUCCAUGUUGCAUUCCAGCUAGGAGUCUCCAGUGUGACUCUUGAGAGAAGAAGACAUUCCUGUGGCUUUACAACAGCUGGACUAACAUGUACAUGCAAACGUAAAACUAUAUCUCACAACUUCUCCCACCAUAAACAAAGAGAAUUAUUUUGUUGCUUAGUGCACAAAAAUCACAGAUUUAACUAAAAUGUAAGCAGCCCUAAGCUUAAAAACAUAUUCAGUACUUUAUGAUGUUUCAUUUAUUCAUGCUUCAGUGAGCUAAUUGGUAGCUAAAUAUUAAAUCUGGAUAUGAAACAUCCUGCUUAUAAAAAGAUCAAGCUGGACCUUGACCUAUUUUGUUAUAUGUGCACUUAUCAAAUGGCCUCCUGCAUUAAUUAUAAAUUGGAAAUUUUGAAAGAUGUUGAAAAUGUAAUACCAGAAUACCUCAUAUUUGUUUUCAGCCAUUUAAAGCUUAUUACAAUUCUAAUACUUAAGUAAUAUUAAUGAUAUAUGUAAGUAAGUAGGUAAACUAACAAGGCAAAAGCAGAGGAGUAGUCAAGUUUGAUUGGGCUUAACCAAACCAGCGACAAUAUUUGAGAGGUAAUAUUGAUAAUAUAUACAUGUACCUACUGAAAGACAUGAGGGAAUAUUCUCACUCUUUGUCGUUACCACAUCGAUUUGGAUUAUUUUUUAUUUUUUGCAGUAUUUGUUAAAUUGAUGGUAACAAAUAUUUUGCCGAUAUACUGCAUUUUGAAAUGACAUACACAUUUCACAUUCUCAUGAUGCUUUUCAUAUGAAACUCUGCUCGCUUGUGGUACAUAAUGUAUACUUAAAUUAAAUAUAGUUGUAUAAAGAAUAGUGCUAUCAUUAGUAGUAGUAGUAGUAUUGUGACCAUAAUCAUACUUCUGCAAAGAACUCCAGGCUAUUUGUGGGUCUUCCACAUUGCCACACAUAGGGGCACAUUAAAUAAUAAUAAUAUAUCAUAUAAAUUCAAUAAAUUUAUUGGUAAAUAUUCAAA